CGCGAGCGAGCGAUUCCACCGCCGGGGCUGUCGCCCUCGUCCUUCGGCUCUUGGUCCUUGGUCCUUGUGUCGCGGAUGUGUGCCGUGUCCUUCGCGUGGUGGUCCCCGCAGCACCAUCGGUCCAGUCCCUCCGCGAGGUGAACAGCCUGGUGAACGGCUCGCAACCCGGUUACACCCUGGUGAACGGUUCCGCGCACGUGUACAGAGAGCCGUCGUCGUCCCGGUGUGCACCCUAACGUGCAGGAACGCUGCGAGCGUGCACCCUCUUUGUGUCUCGGCUCUUUCCGCUGCCCCGUAUCGUCCACCCCCGUCUCGUUCGAUCGCGAUCGUGGCCACGUGAGCAGUAGUCUAGCCAAGUGUCGAGCAGAAGUGCGGAACUGGAGUACGACGGAACGGGUCCUGCGGUAAUCCGGCUCCUCUGGAGGCAAUCAGAAGGCGGUCCAGGUCCAUCGCGGCCAGGAGAUGCCGGAAAGUCAAGGCGAGGCGCGGACGUGAGGGCUGAUCCGAUGAAUGGGGCUCAGCUCUGGCACAGUUUACCACCGAGGGAAAUCAUGACAGGAACAUACCGAAGAUCGGUGAGUACAGAAAGCGCGUACGAAGAUGAGGAGCAAGUCGCCAGGGGCGCGAGAUCCCCCGGUGAAACGACCGGAGCCGACGACGAAAUUGCUGGUGCUCACGGCGAGGGUUACAAGAACUUCACCGUGAGGAUGGGCACGAACGCGACGAGGGCCUGGAAUUCGAGCCUCGGGGCCGGCUUUCUGCGCGGCGCCGGUCACCGGGUCACGUUCGACCCCGAGGCACCGCCGCUGCCGCCCGAGACUAUGCAGCAGCAGCAUACUAUGAAUCUUCUCGAGAAGCCGAAGGAGGACUACAAGGUCAAGAGGCACAGCAUCCACGGGAUGAACGAGGAGGAGAACGUUGUGAGGCCGCACCAGGAGAUGGCCAGCCUGUCCUGCCAUGAGAAGAAGUAUCUUCUCGCGGUGGAACGCGGUGACGUGGCCUCUGUCAGACGGAUGCUGCAGGGCGCGCUGGAGACCGAGAUGAACAUCAAUUGCGUGGAUCCUCUGGGACGGUCGGCGCUUCUGAUGGCGAUCGAUAACGAAAACCUGGAGAUGCUGGAGCUCCUGCUGGAGCACAAGGUCGACACCAAGGACGCGCUUCUCCACGCCAUCUCCGAGCAGUUCGUCGAGGCGGUGGAAGUCCUCCUGGAGCACGAGGAGACCCUUCACAGGAACGGGGAGCGUCACAGUUGGGAAGCCGUGCCGCCAGACACAGCCACCUUCACGCCCGACAUCACGCCCCUAAUUUUGUCCGCUCAUAGGGACAAUUACGAGAUUAUUAAGAUCCUCCUGGAUCGCGGAUCCACGCUGCCCAUGCCUCACGAUGUCCGUUGUGGGUGCGACGAAUGCGUGACGUCCCGAAAGGACGAUUCCCUGAAGCAUUCCAGAAGCCGGAUCAACGCCUACAGGGCGCUGGCUUCGCCGUCCUUGAUCGCCCUCUCCUCAAAGGACCCCAUUCUGACUGCCUUUGAACUGUCCUGGGAACUUCGAAGGCUUUCGUUCCUCGAGCACGAGUUCAAAUGCGAGUACCAGGAGCUUAGGAGACAGUGCCAGGAUUUCGCUACUGCCUUGCUAGAUCACACCAGAAGCUCCAAGGAGCUGGAGAUCCUUCUGAAUCAUGAUCCAACCGGACCCGCGUUCGAACACGGCGAAAGGAUGCACCUGAACCGGCUGAAGCUCGCCAUCAAGUUUCGGCAGAAGAAGUUCGUGGCACAUCCUAACGUGCAGCAGCUCCUCGCAUCGAUUUGGUACGAGGGCCUGCCCGGUUUCCGCCGGAAAAACAUGGUCCUCCAGGCGGUGGAUAUCGUCAGGAUCGGUGUCCUUUUCCCGUUCUACAGCGCGGCGUACAUCAUCGCGCCGCACAGCGUCGUCGGCCAGACCAUGAGGAAACCGUUCAUCAAGUUCAUCUGUCACUCGGCAUCCUACUUCACUUUUCUCUUCAUGUUGAUUCUAGCUAGUCAAAGGAUAGAGAGCGUGAUUGGCAACUGGAUGGGCCACGACGUCGUGGAGCAUGAGCCGGCGCCGACAAAAAGGGGUGCAGCGCCCACGAUCGUCGAGUGGUUCAUCCUCGCCUGGGUGUCCGGUCUGAUUUGGUCCGAGGUGAAGCAGUUGUGGGACGUGGGACUCGAGGAGUACGUGAACGACAUGUGGAACGUGAUCGACUUCGUUACGAACUCGUUGUACGUAGCGACGGUCGCGCUUAGGGUGGUGGCCUAUCACAGGGUGCAGAAGGAGAUCGAAGGGCAGAAGGCCGGGACCGUGAUCGAGCUGCAGAGGGAGCAAUGGGACACCUGGGACCCCAUGCUCAUCUCAGAGGGCCUGUUCUCUGCGGCCAAUAUCUUCAGCUCAUUGAAGCUCGUCUACAUUUUCUCCGUGAACCCUCACCUCGGACCUCUUCAGGUCUCCCUGUCCAGGAUGGUUAUGGACAUUAUGAAAUUCUUCUUCCUCUACGUGCUGGUGCUGUUCGCAUUCUCCUGCGGCCUGAACCAGCUGCUGUGGUAUUACGCCGACAUGGAGAAGAAACGGUGCCCGACUGCCAUGUCCUACGCCCCCUCGAAUUCCAGUGCGCCCGAUUCAAAUGCCUGCAUCGUCUGGCGACGUUUUGCCAACCUGUUCGAGACGGCUCAGACGCUGUUCUGGGCGGUGUUCGGUCUGGUAGACCUCGAGAGCUUCGAGCUGGACGGGAUCAAGCCGUUCACGAGGUUCUGGGGCAUGCUGAUGUUCGGCACCUACUCCGUGAUCAACAUCGUAGUCCUACUGAACCUUCUGAUCGCGAUGAUGAAUCACUCGUAUCAGCUGAUCUCCGAACGCGCGGACGUCGAGUGGAAGUUCGCCAGGAGCAAAUUGUGGAUCAGCUAUUUCGAGGAGGGCGGAACGGUGCCGCCGCCGUUCAACAUAAUCCCGACGCCGAAGAGCGUCUGGUACAUGGGCCAAUGGAUGUACCGGAAGCUUUGCGGCCACAGCCGGGCUGCCAAGAAAGAGCACAUGCGAACCAUCAGGAGGAAGGCGAAACAGGCGUCGGAGAGGGACUACCGUUAUCAAAGCAUCAUGAGAAACCUAGUGAGAAGAUACGUCACCGUGGAGCAGAGGAAAGCAGAGAGCGAAGGUGUGACGGAGGACGACGUGAACGAAAUCAAACAGGACAUCAGCGCGUUUCGGUACGAGCUGAUCGAGAUCCUGAAGAACUCCGGGAUGAACACGUCGACAGCUAGCGGAACGGGUACCGACGGUAGCCUUAAAGAGCUGUCCAUAGGUGCGGGCGGUAAGAAGAACCGUCAGAAGGAGCGACGAUUAAUGAAGGGCUUCAAUAUCGCCCCUCAACCAGGCGGAAGCGGGAGCUUGCCACCAGUCGACGAGUUCGUCGCGUUCCAGCAGCAGGUGCAGCACGAGAACUCGCAGGACUUCGGCUCGACGUUGAGCGGACUGUUCGGGCCAGGUACCACGCCUAAGAAGAGUCCUCACAGCACCAGCACCAACAGCGUGCCUGGGUUGUCGUGUCAGCAGGCGAGAAUGAGGAACGGCUCGAGGAAGAAGGGCUGGGGAAACAUCAUCGAGUCUGCUAGGAGCAGCAAGGUCUCCAGACUGAUCAGCAGAUCUCGCUCGGAGGACUCUGUGUACUCUCCAGGCUCUGAAGACGGCGGUUCAAGGUCGGAGGGAUCGACGGACUCGAAGUCCUCGUUGGAGACCGGUGGCCACGACGUUCAGCCCCAUCACGCCCGGUCUCAGCAAACGCAUCAUCACGAUGCCCGUCACAUGCUGGCCCACGGUCUAGGCGCGUUGGCGACCCUCAGGAAGAAACCGGUGCACACGAUCGCCUCGUCCUUCGCGUCCAAGGUCGGCAAGCGGCAGCCGCUGUACAGGGCGAGCAGCGUGCCCACCAGAGGCCCGGAACUGAACCAGCAGAUCAUCGCGCCGAGGAGACACGAGGGCACGCAGAGCCAGCAGCCCAGCCUCGACAAUCCCGAUGGUGCCAGCGUCAGCGAGCAACCUGCAGUGGUGACCGCAGCCCCGCUGACUCCGUCUACCACCGAGGAGAGCGUGGUCGCCAGCGGUUCCCUGUCGGUGACGCUGAAGAGAAACGGUUCGGCGACGCAGCUGCAACGGCUUCCGGGGAUCGAGCCGAUAUCCGGUCACGACGUGACAGGCGGCUGGCUCUGAGACGAUCCUCGGGUCGCCAUGGCGCGACGUGUCAGCUAGCGAACUGUUCAUGCUAAACACCGGCGGAGGUCAGACCCGAGCAGUGUUCGACCCCGUUCGGUUAGAUCACUCGAAGAUGCAGCCGCGGACAGGCUGCGGACGACGACAUCGAUCGAGCUACGGAACGCGGCCUAUCAUCGAUCCGAAAAGAUCGACGAUCCGAGUCGUCGUCGUCGUCGGCACACGCACAACGAUGCCUUUCUCGCGACGACGCACCUCGCCAAGACUAAACACAGAAAGAAACUAUAUUAUAUUAUACAUAUAGGUAUAUAUACGUUAUAUACUGUACGUAAGCGACCGUCGACCGUCGAACACGAUCUGGCUCGUCGACCCGACCGAUAGGCGCGGCGGGCCCUCUUCAUUUUUUUACCGGGACGUCGCGACGGUCCCACGAUCGACGCCAUUUUCUCGCUUCGCGAUCUCCGUUGGCGCACGCUGGACUGGAAAAUCCCGUUUCCCUGGCCGGAAUUGUUUCGGCGUUGUUUCGAGGCUCGAGGUUUUAGGUCGUUGAGCUCGCAUUGACACCAGCUGGGAUAUUGUCACGAUAAAAAUAUGUAUUAACAUUUAAAAAGACGAAUGCUGUGUUCGACGAUUUCAGACAAUUUUUUGAAACACUCCGCAAAAUUUAGAUUGUUACAAAUAGACUUUUAUGACAAAAGUAAUGCAUCCGAGGAAAUGCAGGGUGAAAAUUUCGCAUUGUUGUUCGAUGAUUUUCAAUUGAUUACAAAUGUUGAGAAUGAAAGUCAAUUUUUAUUUAACUCCUGUUUGCUGCGAUAGAGCUAGACAAUUUUUAUUUCGCAUAAUGAUCUGUAAUUUAUUUGUAAAUAUUAUACGUCCAAUUAUUAGUAUUGCACGUCUAAUGAAAAUACGUUUAAUAAUAUGUACGUGCUACAUAAUGAGUUCAUAAUGACUGAAAUUAUGGAUUUUGAAGCGUGGAAGGGUUAUCAUGUAAUGUAUGCAACAAUUUUUCAAAACGUGAAACUCAGAAAUUGUAUUUUGGCUGCGAGAAAUGGGUUUCCAGUCCAUUGUACACGCGAGAUUUUGAGGUCGUAAAACAGGCCGGUAUGUAAAAUAAUAACGCUUCUGUAAAACGAGACAAUGGACUUUGAUUUUGGUUCAAGAUUUCUUUGUGAAAGUCCAUUGUUCCAACUUCUGAAGCCGAUUAGUUUAUGGUCCGGUCGAUUUGGCAACCUCAGAAUAUCGUGUCCGCGAUCGUAAUAACGUUUCAAUUAUUCUGAUGCUUAAGUAUCGUUGACGAGAGAACAGAAUUUUCAGUAACAAUAACAGUAUAACAAGCUGUUAUUAAAAAUAUCUAUCAUGAGUCAGACCCGUCAAAGUGCGGCAAAAGAUUAAUCGUCCUUCGAUCUCUUACCGUGAAGAAUGAAAACAUUCUUUCUCCUGGGACUCACUUUUGUAAUUGUUACUGUGGUCGUCACGCUUUUUAAUCGGUCGACUUUGAAUCACUAUACUGGAUUUUUUUCAUUCUCUUAGAUUUAAUAGAGUGUUUUAAUUGCUUUAAAAGCAUCGGUGAUUUUAAGAAUUGUUUUUGGAUAGAGGUUACAUCGUAACAACUAUUUUGAUCGAUUUUUCACUAUCGGUGCAUUCUGCAUUUGACGAGGAGGUGCAAUCAAAUCGUACAAUUUUUUAUCGGUUCUCAUUGUAUCACAGUUUCAGAUUUUUUUUAAAAAACAAGCUUUUCCUUGGAUUUUUCACCGUAAGUGCAUUUGCCAAAUGACCCUGCGGUGCAACGUUGCAACACAGAAAAGCGAUCAAAAAGCAUGUUUGACGAUUAGGUAAUUUAUUUUAAAAAGCGGUGAAAUCGAAUCGCAAAAAA